CAUCCUAGCGGAAGACCUCAUCGGCGAGAAGACAAAUUUUUGCCCUCCUCUCCCGAAACACGAAGCACAUCCUUCUCGGCUCGUACCUCCGACCUCAGCUCCCUGUCCCCAAAUGUCCAAACCCUAACAAACUGCUCCGACCGACCACCUGCCUUCGCCGUUGGAUGCCGCCUCGCCACUCCGGCCGCCGCCGCCGCCGCCGCCAAUGACGGGGUCCUCUCUCUCGGCUACCCAAGUACCUGUGCCAAUCGAAUUUCCUUUAAAACUUUGGAGGAGUUAGAAAUUUGGGGCAGCGAAAUAGCUUCCUAUCAAACCGUUCUUGGGCGCUGGUGCGAAAAAAUCCGCAAAAGGCUUCUCCGAUUCCUUCUUUCGAAGCAAAGCAAAAUCACAUCACAAGAGAGGAGAGUAUAGCUCACAAUUCUCGACCAAAGUCUCUUCAUUCUAAUGGCCGCCAAGAAGCUGGUCCGAGACUUGGUGCUCUCGGGACACCCUCUUCGUCUCCACCUUAGUUCUCAGGCCCAGAUUUUUUUCCUUCUCGAGCUCUUUCUUGAUUUUUCUCUCUAUAUUUCUUGCAAUAGCCAGGCUUCGAGUUCGAGGUUGAGGUUGAUUACAGCAGGUGGGCACUCGUGUAAUCGUCGAUAUAGCGUGUUUAAUGAGUUCUCUAAGAAAGUUAAAGGCGAAGCAAGCGGCAAUCCAGAGUUUCAAAAGUCAGUGAAGCAGCUAAAAGAAAAAGCAGAAGAGCUUAAAGGGGUGAAGGAGGAGCUUAAAGUUAGAACAAAACAGACAACUGGGCAGUUGUGCAAGCAUGUCGAUGGUGUUUGGACAGAGGCUGAAGCUACAGCAAAGAAGGUUUCUGCCAAUGUGAGGGAAAAAAUAUCUUCUGCAACUGAGGAGGUCAAAGAACAGUUGGGGAUUGGGAAGCAAGAGGAAUCAGCAUCUGCGAGUGGUUCAGCAAUACAUGAUGCUCACGCCAAAGGUGGAAAUGAGGGAAAAUCAACAGAAGAAAAUGUCAUUUUUGGCAAAUACAGAACAAGCUUCUUUUCCUCUUCUCCUAAGGUCUCGUCAACUUUCCAGAAGCUGAAGGGAGUAAAGGUUGUUGACUUGGCAAAGCAGGGAUAUGAUAUUGUCAAGGAUGAGUUGAGUGGUAGCCCGAGUAAGAGAAAGCAUAUGGAACAUGCGCCUACUACGUCAACAGUCGAAAGAAGUACAAGAACUGAUAUAGUUGUUCUACCUUCUAAGCAGUCUCCGUGGAGUAAAAAGUGGGAAGCAUUUAAAGCGAAAGUCAAAGGGCAUCCCAUGUUCAAGCGUAUUGGUAACGUGAGUGAGCCAGUUGUAAUGUAAGGUCAGGAGAUUGCAGAAGAUAUGCGGGAGAGAUGGGAAACUAGUGACAGCCCUGUUGUGCAUAAAAUUCAGGAUCUCAAUGAAACUAUCUUUCAAGAAACAGAUGCUGCAGCAUCUAUGAAGGAAAUACGCCGGCGAGACCCAUCUUUCUCUUUACCAGAGUUUGUGGCUGAAGUCCAGGAAGUAGUAAAGCCUGUGCUUAAUGCUUACAUUAAGGGAGAUGUUGAAACUUUAAAAAAAUAUUGUAGCUCUGAAAUCAUUGAGAGAUGCAAAGCUGAGCAUGGUGCUUAUCAGAGCCAUGGCAUUUUUUUCGACAAUAGGAUUCUGCAUGUGUCUGACGUUGACGUAAGAGAAACAAAAAUGAUGGGCACUUCACCAAUUAUCAUUGUCGGGUUUCAAACUCAGCAAAUAUAUUGCGUAUGUGACAAAAAUGGUGCCAUAACUGAAGGUGGCAAGGAUACGAUACACACCGUCUACUAUGCUUGGGCUAUGCAACAAGUGGAUCCGGAAGAGCUUGGGGAAGGUGCUAUCUUUCCCAUCUGGAGGUUAAGAGAAAUGCAACAAAUCGGCGUCCAAGCUCUAAUAUGAUGGUUCUAUACUUAUUUAAUCAUUGAUUAAGGACAGGCAUGAUUCCUGCGUCAGAGUAGAUUGAUCAGUUGCUUAUUCGUAUGGUAAUGAGUUCGAUUUAUUGCCGAGAUCGGGAUAGAAGCUCAUCCAGUUAGGAUAUUCCCUUUUUUUCAUUUGGGGGGUUUUGAUAUCGACGGGCUGGUGCCAGUUUUGAGGGAUUACCGUUAAAGAAAAGAAAGUGUAUUUUUUUAAUGUUUCAUCUCAUGUAAAAUAAAUCUGGAAACGAUCAUGAGAAUGAUCGGAAAGUGGUAUGGUACUGUUUCCAUUGAUUCUAACUGUCGUACCUGCAUUGUCACUUCUGAUAAUGUAUCUGUAGCGGCGUGCUGUUAGACUCUAUAAAUCCUCAUUUAAGCAAAAUUCAGUUCCAAGA